GCGCAGAGUCGUGUCAGUGUACGAGGGGAGCGACGUGCAGCUCACCUGCAAUCUAAGAGCCAAUUACCUUCCAGCCAAAGAAAUUACUUGGUUCAACAAUCAAGGCAUAGAUGUCAGAGACACCUCAAAGUACAUGCUGCUCCGGACGAUCGGCUGGGCCAACCUGACAGUGAGAGACGCAGACGAGAUGCAGGACAGCGGAGAGUAUAGAUGCUCCACUUCAAACGCAGUGGGAGGCGCUGAAAUCAAUGUAACUCUGGUGGUCAAGAAGCAUCCUAUGCCACCCAAUGCAACCCUGAUUAGAGCAACAUACAACAGCCCAAAGCGUACCGAGGUGGAGCUGGAGUGGCAGGUAGAUGGUGUGGAGGAGAAAGGAGGUUGGACUGGAUUCCAUCUGGAGCACCAGUGGGUAUCUGAGCGACCAAACAGAAGAGGAAGCAGCAACGAAUCCCAGCUGAGGAUGGAAGAGAGGAUUGGUCCCCAAGACUGGCAGCGCACCAUCAUCCAGGAACCAGAUGCCAGGAGUCACACAGUAAGAGGACUGACUCCAACUGUUACCUACCAGUUCCGCAUAAUACCCAUCAACCACCGCACGAUUGGACACCCAUCUCCAACAAAAACUCCAGCGGAACCGCGCCACAACAUGUACCCAGCUGUGAUUGGGGCGGCUAUAGGCGGAAUGCUCUUUGCAGCCAUUCUCACAGUCCUGCUACUAAUUUUCAUAAUUCGCAACCGCCACAACAAUCCCAGACUGCAUGACAUGCUGUUUGGCUUACAGCACAGCCAGUCAAGAGAGAACAUUAAUUUUCCAGAGGAUGAAAUGGUCAGAGGGUCAGAGGGAAUAGAGGACAUUGGUGGAUCAUCCAGCCCAGGCCCUGCUGUGUCUAUACCCAGGGCAUCCUCACCCCUCACCACCUCACACCUGAGUGCCACUCCCACCCCUAGCAGCCAAGCCCCUCCCCCUGGAGAGGAUAACGAGCCCGUCAGCGUCACAAUUACGGUCAAGGCAACUGGAUCCUAAAAUAAAUCACCAGCAUGUC